GGGAUGAGGAGGACGAGGGGGAGGAAGACAACGAUGAGGGGGAGCAGGAUGAUGACAAUGACGAGGAGGAGGAGGAGGGGGACGAGGAGGAUGAUGAGGACAAUGAGGAUGAGGAGGAGGAAGGUGAGGAGGAGGAAGAUGAGGAGGAAGAUGAGGAGGAGGAAGAUGAGGAAGAUGAAGAUGAGGAAGAUGAUGAUGAAGAUGAGGAGGAGGAUGAGGAAGAUGAAGAUGAGGAAGAUGAUGAUGAAGAUGAGGAGGAGGAUGAAGAUGAUGAGGACGAUGAGGAUGAUGAGGAUGGCGAGGAUGAGGAUGACGAUGACGACGAUGACGACGAUGACGAUGAGGAUGAUGACGACGAUGAGGAUGACGAUGACGAUGAGGAUGAUGACGAUGAUGACGAUGAGGAUGAGGAUGACAAUGAGGAUGAUGAGGAUGAGGAUGACGAUGACGACGAUGACGAUGAGGAUGAUGAGGAUGAUGGCGAUGACGAUGAUGACGAUGACGAUGAGGAUGAUGACGAUGAGGAUGAUGAGGAUGCCGAGGAUGACGAUGAGGAUGACGACGAUGACGAUGAGGAU